UGCACAGUCAUGAGUCAUAAGAACCUUUGCUGAACUGGCCAGACACACUAUAAAUUCACCCUACCCUUCACGUGAACUGCAGAAACCGUGGACACCCACAGCAGCAGUGUUUCUUCUUGGGCAAAACAAGGUUCAAAACAAUGGAAGCUUUGAAUAAAGCAAACAUAAGCUUUGCUAUAGACUUCUUCAAACAUGAGUGUCAGGAAGAUGGUGACAAGAAUAUUUUGUUCUCCCCUUUGAGUAUUUCAUCUGCCCUGGCCACUGUUUAUUUGGGAGCCAAAGGUAACACUGCAGAUCAAAUGGCAAAGGUACUUCACUUUAAUAAAGCUGAAGGAGCCAGAAACAUCACCACAACCAUAAGAAUGCAAGUCUAUUCCAGAACAGAAGAGCGUCUAUCAAAUCAAUUAGCCUGUUUCCAGAAGACAGAAAUUGGCAAAUCAAACAACAUCCAUUCUGGGUUUAAAGAACUCCACUUUGAAAUCAACCAACCCACUAAAAACCACCUUCUUAAAAGCGUCAACCAGUUAUAUGGAGAAAAAGCAUUGCCUUUCAGUAAGGAAUACUUACAGCUAGCCAAGAAGUACUACAAUACUGAGCCACAGUCAGUUGACUUUGUGGGGGCAGCAGAUGAAAUCAGAAGAGAGAUCAAUUCCAGGGUCGAACACCAGACUGAAGGUAAAAUCCAAAAUUUGCUGCCUCCUGGAUCUGUAGAUUCGCUCACCAGACUCGUCCUAGUAAAUGCACUCUACUUCAAAGGAAACUGGGCAACAAAGUUCAAAGCUGAAGCUACCAGGCAAAGGCCUUUCAGAAUAAAUAAGCAUACGACUAAACCAGUGCCAAUGAUGUACCUGAGUGAUAAAUUUAACUGGACCUAUGUAGAAUCAGUCCAGAUUGACGUUCUUGAGCUUCCAUAUGUCAAUAAUGACCUCAGCAUGUUUAUCCUGCUACCAAGUGACAACAUCGGCCUACAAAAGCUAGAAAGAGAAUUGACUUUUGAAAACUUGUCUGCAUGGACCAGCCCAGAAUUAAUGGAGAAAAUGAAAAUGGAGGUUUAUAUGCCCAGGUUCACGUUAGAAGAGAAAUACAACCUCAAAUCCACUUUGAGCAGGAUGGGGAUACAAGAUGCUUUCAAUGAAGGUCAAGCUGAUUUCACAGGAAUGUCAGAAAAUGGUGAUCUGGUUUUGUCACAAGUUUUUCACAAGUGUUACCUGGAAGUCAAUGAAGAAGGCACAGAGGCAGCAGCUGCCAGUGCAGCAGCACUGGCAUCACGAAGUCUUGGUGCUACAAUUAUUUUUGUGGCAGAUCACCCUUUUAUCUUCUUUAUCAGGCACAACAAGACCAAGAGUAUCCUCUUCUUGGGAAGGUUCUCUUCCCCCUAGAAACUCAACUAUUAUUGAACAGGCUCUUUCAACAACAAUAAUGAACAAAAUACACGCCAUGAAGAACAUCUCAAUAGUCUGCGCACUGCUUCAUUUUCCUGUACUGUUGGAAAAUCUCUCAAUGUUCCAAGAGAGCACAUAUUAAAAAUAAGCUGGAAUUUAAGCCUCUGCCUCAUUUUGCUGGCCAAAGAACAGAAAAAUUGUAGCACUAUACUAUAAAGACUGAACCGUGCACAGAACGACAAUGAAGCAUUUAUUCAGUGCAUUCUGAACCCGAACUGUCACAAUGCAGAACAGACUAAGUAAACCUCUAAACCAGUAAUUCCCAAUAUACUUGCUUUGGUAUAUAAGAAGAAAAGAAACAAGAAAGGCUCCUUCGUGCAGAACAUUGCUGCAUCUCCAUUGGUUUCAGCUCACUAAGCUGGUAAUCACAGGAGGGCUGCCUCACUCAUAUUUUUGUCAGCUUUAUAACAACUUUGCGGCCUGGCACAGCUGGUAAUGAAAUAAACCUGCAAAAUCAUCUGUGUUCUUGAUACUAGUGUUUCUUGAAUGCAAAAGAGCUAACAUAUGUAAUUUUUAAUCUCUGUCCCAUAGUAAUUGGAAGAUAUUGAAAACCACUAUUGAAUCCAAGGAAAAUAACACACAAGCACCUUGAAACCUUCUCCUUUGUAACCUUUUACGCAUUUAACACUAUUGUCAGCCCAGUACUGCACAGAUUUAUUCUCAUUUUGCUUUGCCACUUAUUUCACUGAUUUGAGGCAAGACUGAAUUGGAGAAUCAAGCCUGUAAUACUAAUUUCCUA